UACUAUGCAUUCACCAAUAGAAGAUUCAAGAACUGCCCGAAUAUAUCAUUUUCUUUUCUUUUUUUCUGUUAAGUUUCUUCAUACAUGACUUUUGAAUUCUUUAGCUUCCAGCUCGGCUCCGUGAACCAACACAACACCAUUCUUCUUGAUUAAGCACAAACUGUGCUUUGCCAGCGUCGACACUGGAACAUUCCUUAUGGCAGCUUCUCAGAUCAAUCCAUGGAAUUUGAUUUCCGGCAUCUUAGGAGUAAUCUGCCUUUCCUUGAUGGCUACUACGGGGAUUUUGCUGAAACAUUUGCUUACUAAACAAAGUAUUCAGCCAACAAUGUCUCCAGGACUAACCACAGAAAUCCAGAAAGAAGCUGACUGUUGUUCUUGCCAAGAAAAGUGGAUUGGGAACCAAUGCAACUGCUACUUCUUUUCUACUGAAUUAAAAACUUGGGAAGAGAGUCGUGAUUUCUGUGCUUCUCAGAAUUCCAGUCUACUUCAGAUUCAAAACACAGAUGAAUUGCAUUUUAUGAGGUCCAGUACAAGCUUUUACUGGAUUGGGCUCCGUUACAGUGAAAAACAUCGUGCCUGGAUGUGGGAAAACAACUCCAACGUCUCCCAAGAUCUAUUGCCGUUAAUUCAAAAUUUAAAUACAAAGAAAUGCGUAGUGUAUAGCCCAGAUCGAAGUGCUUUGGAUGAACCCUGUGGAAGUACAUAUCGUUUUAUAUGUAAGCAACAGCUGAGGCGCCCGGGUGGCUCAGUCGGUUGAGCCUCCGACUUCAGCUCAGGUCAUGAUCUCGCGGUUUGUGAGUUUGAGC